GGGUACCAACAAAGAGACUCACCUCUCUGCUACCAAGGUCUACUAGACAUGCUGCCAGGCCAGCUGGCUGCACCCAGAACCACAUAGAGCAACGAACGCCAUUACAGAAUCACCCACCUCUCACGGACCGAGCAGCGUGUUAACAGGCAGCAGGAGAAGCGAAGAGAGGACGUUAUGGAUAUCAAUGGCAUGGAGUAUACGACGUGGGAAGAAAUCGACAGGUGGGCCGGACGACCCAGAGAGAGUGCAGGAGCCCGCCUGGGAUUCGCUGCAGCAAUGCGAGGAGGGCUAUAGACGAAUGGAGUCGAAAAGGAAGACACGCCGGCAAAAACAGAGAGGCGCUGGUAUAAACAGGCAGCGACAGCUGGAGCAGCAAAAGGAGGAAGAACUAUUCGGACAAUGGACAUGGGAAGACGUGUUGGAUGGUAAAGGUUGUUACACUUGGGAGGAGAUACUGGCCGGAAGAGAUCGCCUCCCAUGGGAACAGGUGGAGGCACUAAGGAGAGCAGAGGCAGCCAGAGAUAGGAGCCGACGAUACGAGGGAACACGGUUGGCAAGGAAACCCGUAAAGCAGCCCAAAAAAAAUAUUGGGGGGCGGCUAGAAGGGAGAAUAGUUAUGCCAGGUAGGAAACCUGCGCAUACUCCCUGUGCUCACCGUUGGGCUAGAGAGACCGGGCAGGCACCGUGUUAUGCUAUGGAGCGCAUGGUGUUUCCAGUGCGGGAGCAUAGCCCGGUGCGGUACAUACCAGCCCUUCAUAUUGGCCGGGCUAGAGUGGGCAUCGAGCCAGGUAAGCUUGGGCAGGCUCGGUGCUCAAGAGCUCCAGUGCGCCUGCACGGUCCGGUCUAUCCAGAGCCACCUCCACACAACAGUCCUCCGGUAGCAGCUACCCGCACCAGGCUUCCUGUGCGUGUCCUCGAUCAAAUACCACCAGUUCCAGCACCACGCACCAGGCCUUCAGUGCGCCUCGCCUGUUCUACACAGCCAGAGCCUUCCUUCCCUUCUACGCUGUUGGAGUCUCCCGCCUGUUUAGCGCAGCCAGAGCCUGUCUCCUCUCCUGCGCUGUCGGAGUCUCCCGCCAGUUUUGCGCAGCCAGAGCCUUUCUCCUCUCCUGCGCUGCCGGAGUCUCCCGUCUGCCCAGCACCGCCAGUGCUCCCAGUCUGCCCAGCGUCGCCAGUCUGCCCAGCGUCGCCAGUCUGCCCAGCGCCGCCAGUCUGCCCAGCGCCGCCAGUGCUCCCAGUCUGCCCAGCGCCACCAGUACUCCCAGUCUGCCCAGUGCCGCCAGUGCUCCCAGUCUGCCCAGCGUCGCCAGUCUGCCCAGCGUCGCCAGUCUGCCCAGCGUCGCCAGUCUGCCCAGCGUCGCCAGUCUGCCCAGCGCCGCCAGUGCUCCCAGUCUGCCCAGCGCCGCCAGUGCUCCCCGUCUGCCCAGCGCCGCCAGUGCUCCCCGUCUGCCCAGCGCCGCCAGUGCUCCCCGUCUGCCCAGCGCCGCCAGUGCUCCCCGUCUGCCCAGCGCCGCCAGUGCUCCCAGUCUGCCCAGCGUCGCCAGAAGUGCCAGUCUGCCAGGAUCCGCCAGAAGUGCCAGUCUGCCAGGAUCCGCCAGAAGUGCCAGUCUGCCAGGAUCCGCCAGAAGUGCCAGUCUGCCAGGAUCCGCCAGAAGUGCCAGUCUGCCAGGAUCCGCCAGAAGUGCCAGUCUGCCAGGAUCCGCCAGAAGUGCCAGUCUGCCAGGAUCCGCCAGAAGUGCCAGUCUGCCAGGAUCCGCCAGAAGUGCCAGUCUGCCAGGAUCCGCCAGAAGUGCCAGUCUGCCAGGGUCCGCCAGAAGUGCCAGGAUCCGCCAGAAGUGCCAGUCUGCCAGGAUCCGCCAGAAGUGCCAGUCAGCCAGGAUCUGCCAGUCUGCAGAGAGCUGUCAGCCUGCAUGGAGCAGUCAGAGCUGUCAGUCUGCAUAGAGCAGCUAGAUCCGCCAGCCAGCCAGGAGUUACCAGAGCCUACUACCUGUCUGAGCUUCAUCUCAGUGCUGGGCGUCCUCUCAGUACUGGGCGUCCUCUCAGUGCUGGGCGUCCUCUCAGUACUGGGCUUCCCCUCAGUCCCGGGCUGCUUCUGUCCCGAGCUGACCCUCUGUCCCGAGCUGACCCUCUGUCCCGAGCUGAGCCUCUAUCCCGAGCUGCCCCUCUGUCCCGAGCUGCACCUCUGUCCCGGGCUGCCCCUCUGUCCCGGGCUGCCCCUCUGUCCCGAGCUGCACCUCUGUCCCGGGCUGCCCCUCUGUCCCGAGAUGCCCCUCUGUCCCGAGAUGCCCCUCUGUCCCGAGAUGCCCCUCUGUCACGAGCUGCCCCUCUGUCACGAGCUGCUCCUCAGUUAUGUGGGGAUCUGGGUGAGGACUAUUAGGCCAUGGUCGGCGGAGAAGGUGGAUGAUCCCAGGACGUGAAGGGGAGGUACUAGGACAUUAAUGGAGUGGGGUCCACGUCCCGAGCCAGAACCGCCACCAUGGACAGACGCCCACCCGGACCCUCCCUAUGCUCUUGAGGUGCGUCCGGGAGUCCGCACCUUAGGGGGGGGGUUCUGUCACGCCUUGGUCAUGGUAUUUUGUGUUUUUGUUAUAUGUUUGGGUAGGCCAGGGUGUGACAUGGGUUUAUAUGUUGUUUUCGUAUUGGGGUUUGUAUAGUUGGGAUUGCGGUUGAGUAGGGGUGUUGUUAGGCUGGGCUGCCUGAGGCGGUUCUCAAUUAAGAGUCAGGUGCUUCUCGUUGUCUCGGAUUGGGAACCGUAUUUAGGUAGCCUGAGUUUGCGUUGUAUUUCGUGGGUGAUUGUACCUGUCAUUGUGUAUUCACCAGAUAGGCUGUAUAGUUUCACGUUCCGUUUGUUGUUUUGUAUUCUCAUAGUUAUUUCAUGUAUCGCUAUUUCCUUUAUUAAAGCACAUGAGUAACCUA